GUUUUCUCUGCAAAUUCUGACUGAAAAAAAUGGAAGACGUUUUAACGGAGAUUCCGCCGCCGUCACGGUUCUUCCAGGAAGAUCUGAACAACUUCACGCCUCCGUCACCGCCGAUCCCCUCUCCUUUCCUCGUUUUCCCAACCACUGCCGCCGACCUCCGCCCCUCCCUCCUCAUCAUCGCCAUCUCCUCCCCUUCCCUCCACCUCUUCCACACCGCCGCCUCCAAAACCCUCAUCGGAGCCCUAAUCCUCCCGGAGACCUCCUUCGCCGGAAACACAGUCCUUCCCUCUCUCAAGGACACCUCCUGCCACGUCUACUCCCUCGACGGCGGCAAGAACCAGACUCUCCUCGUCUCCGUCCAGCUCCCCGUCGCCGCCGAUCGCUGCCACGCCGUCGCGAAGCUCCUGGUCGCCGGCCAGAUCCUCCCGGAGAGAGUUCUGAUUCUGGACUCGGUUCAGAACCGGAACUUCCGCGGGAAGCUCUCCAGGGACGAGGCGGCGGCGUUCAAGCUCGAGACGACGGCGGAGAGGAGAUCGAAGUCGGUGCUCGGAGAUUCGAGCUUGGAGUACUUGCCGUCGGCGAGCGUGGUGGAUGGGCUGGGCGCGGCGGUGUUGGCGAGGUGUGAGAUGAGCAAGAUCAAGGCGGUGCUUUGUGUGGCGUGGCCGGAGUUCGGUGGUGAUGUGGUGGAGCUGAUCAAGUCUAGGGUUUUGCCUGCUCUGGAUUUGGGGCUGAGCUUCAAUGCUGAUGCUGGGGAUGAUUAUGGAGGUCUGAAACAAGAUAAGGAUCCUUUUGAUUCUGAUUUGUACACCUGAAUUGUAUAAGGCAAGCUUUUUCGAGCUUGAAUUUAUUGGAAUGCUUGGAAAUUUUGC